AUGAGACCACAAAAAAUUCCCUCCCUUAAAACACUGGCGGUUCUCUUGCAAAUUUGGAGUUUCUUGCCCAAUCCGAUACAAGCUCAACUGUGCCUGGGCAACUCCUCGGAUAUAAAUUGUCAACAUUUGGCAGGAAUAAAAUCCGCCAUGGAUGAGAACGAGGAUCCUUGCCGGAAUUUCUAUAAUUAUGCGUGUAACAAUUGGCCGUUGCAGCAUCCAGGUGGAGAUUAUGCCAAUGCCGAACAAUUGGUGGAUCACAAAAUGAAUUUGGAGUUGAUUCGGAUUUUCGAAACCAUCGAUGCUGAGAGUCUGAAAUUGGAAUGGAUAGCCAGGACAUAUAAUUAUUAUGGAUCCUGUGUCAAGGCCAAUGGCAGUAAUCCGUUGGAGGAAUAUUUAAAAAUUAUCAAACCGGGGAGGAAUCUAGAAUGGCCUAUGCUGUGGAAACGGCGGGGAGCAAAAGGUGCCUGGCCCGUGCAGGAGUUUGAUUUGUUUGGCUUUCUGGGUCAGCUCUUGGGUUAUGGCUUUGAAAAUGUCCUCAUAAGGACCUAUGUUAAUGAGACCCUCGAUGAGACACAUUUGGUUUUGGCCGAACCAAGGAAAGCCAAUUUGAGGACCAGGGAGAUUUCAGAUAUUCUACAACAAUUGGGUAUGUCCUUGGCCAUGUCGUAUUAUUAUGCCGGACGGCUGAUGGUGGUACAAACCAAAUGGAAUACGAUUUAUCAGAGCUAUUCACAUCGUAGACGUUAUUUUACCUUCUCCUCCACCAUGCAGUAUGGCCUGCUCCAGGCCACCUAUCCAAAUUUGUAUAAAUACCUGCAGAGUAGUGGAAUUUUGAAUUUCAAGGAUAAUUUGGAUAUUGAAAUCUCGAAUUUAGAUUAUUUCGAUUAUCUGCUGGCCCAGCAGUGGAGUGAUCGCGAAAUGGAGGAUCUGUGUAAUUUUCUUAUGCUACAGGUAUUACAACACCUGCUGCAGGAUAAGGGUAUACGGGGUUUUCGAAAAUUGGAUUGCAUCAAGGAGGUUCGACACAAACUCGAUUUACCUUUGACCUUCCUGUUCUAUGAGCAUGCCUAUCGGCCGAGUGAAUUGAAAACCAAUCUGGAUAUUCAGAAUAUUUUUCGCCAGGCCCGCAGCAGCCUUAUGCAGCUGCUGGCAGAGAAAUCGAAUUUUCUCAAUACCGAACGCCUACGAUCUGAUACCAAUAAUACCCUGCUUAAUUUGGGUAACCAACCGCAGACGCUGCGGAACUCUCACAUACGCCAUUUGUUCCAUGACAUACCACCGCUCCAGCCGGAUAACUUUUACAUCAAUCACCUGCAUUUGCUGCGUCAUCGCAUGAUUACCUCCCUGAGACGUUUGGAACAUGAACGCCAUGUCAUGUAUUCACCCUACCAGCGGGUGGGUUACUCCUCCAAUCCAUUCUAUGAUGAGAGGCGUAAUAUUGUCAUUUUACCCCUGGGCUAUGUCCAACCACCCAUCUAUCAUCCCGGCUUACAUGGCCUCUUCAAAUGGUCCACCCUGGGUUUCUCCCUGGCUGAGGCUAUGUUCCAUAGCCAAACGGUGGGCAUAAUCUAUGCAACCCCCUCACCCACGCAAAGCAGACAAUUUCUACAGAAUAUGAAUUAUUUUUACGAUCACUAUAUGGACCUGGAAUUGGUGAAGAAAAUCGGUGCCACAGCAGUGGCCUAUAGGGCCUUUGUGGAAAAUCACCAGGGGCAAGGGCAGCCGGAUUUCACGGACAUACCAUGGCAGAAAUUGUUUUUCCUCAACAUGGCCCAGCAGUUUUGUGUCAACGGAGGGGACGAGAAUUUGCGGGAUCGCAAUAGGUUAUAUUUGCAAAAGAUAAUGGAAAAAAUUCCAUAUAUGAGGCAGGCAUUUGCCUGUCGAAGGGAGCCGUUUGUUCUCGUCAAUUUUUGA